UAAUUAUUUUUUUAAGGAAUAGGUUUCUGUGCGCGGUUUAAAUAUAAGCAUUUAGACUUUUAGUCUCCUCAUGCACAAGAUGACAUAAUUAAGGGAAAAAAAUAGUUACCCAAGGACACAUUGCUGGGAGGGGAGAGUACUUCCCUUCGGCUGAAGCCUGAGGUGCUUUGAAAUACAUCACUGAGAGAAAAUGAAUCUUUUGCUUUAAACACUGCACAGCUUGUGCGUAAUCGGAACGGCAAGCUAACAGAUAUCGGGGAAGGAACAGAAGCAAACGAAGAAGGAAGCAGAAAGUUGCGGUCCGUUUAAUCACAGCAGCGAACUGAUAGAAAAGAAGCGGACUCCGCUGGCGUUCAACCACACCUCCUCCUCCCUCUCUACAAUCUCUCGUUCGUAAAGAGAGAAAAAAGAAAAAUGUUUCGUCCGAUUCCAGAUCUGCUGUAAAGUAUACCAGUUGAGUGUGUCAAACAGAGCCCACAGGGGAAAUUUAGCAGUAGGACCAAGAAGACGGACAAAAAAAUUAAAUAAACGUAAAUCGUCUGCGCAUUUCAGGGAUAAAAGGACACACAUUGGAGCCAUUUAAACAGGUGCAGUGCUACUUGGAUAACGGUAAAAUACGCUUCCUGAUGGAGAUCUCAGAUGCGCCAGUUGGUCUCAGAGAUUCGAAGCAAAUGCGAUGGUACAACGAGACUCUCCUGCAGACCAACUUCAGUGUAUAUAACGAGACAGACGCCUUUCUGCCAACAAGCGUGAAGAUCACUAUUGUUGUGGUCUACAUGAUUGUUUGCAUGGUGGGGCUCAUUGGAAACUGUCUGGUCAUGUACGUCAUCAUCAGGUACACUAAGAUGAAGACUGCCACUAACAUUUACAUCUUCAAUCUGGCACUGGCAGACUUUCUUGUUUUGGCCACACUACCGUUCCAGGGAACAGAUGUCUUCCUUGGAUUCUGGCCGUUUGGAAACAUCCUGUGCAAGAUGGUCAUCUCCAUUGACUACUACAACAUGUUUACCAGCACAUUCACCCUCACCAUGAUGAGUGUGGACCGAUACAUAGCUGUGUGCCAUCCGGUCAAGGCACUGGAUAUGCGCACACCACACAAGGCCAAAGUCAUCAACAUCUGUAUCUGGAUCCUGGCUUCUGCCAUUGGAGUGCCUGCCAUGGUAGUUGGGGAUGUGGAGGUAGAAGUUACUGGUAUUGAGUGCAUCGUCGUACUUCCCGACCCACGCAGCUACUGGGAUCUUGUGUUUGGGACUUGUGUGUUUCUGUUUUCUUUCCUCAUUCCUGUGGCCAUCAUCAGCAUCUGCUACAGCCUGAUGGUUAAGCGGCUUCGCAGCGUACGCAUCCUGUCUGGAUCCAAAGAGAAGGACCGCAACCUGCGACGCAUCACGCGCAUGGUUCUGGUGGUGGUCGUUGUCUUUGUGGUAUGCUGGACCCCUGUCCAGAUCAUGGCGCUGGCUCAGUCGCUGGGGGUAAAUCUGGGGAGCAUGCUCACCGUGGUCCUCAUGCACUUCAGCAUCGCCCUGGGGUACGUCAACAGCAGCCUCAACCCGGUCCUGUACGCCUUCCUCGACGAGAACUUCAAGCGCUGCUUCCGUGAAUUCUGCUACCCCUCUGCCUUCCGGCUUGAUGGGCAACAGUCGGGUCGCAUGCGGAGCAUCGCCCGGGACGUGCCGUACAAUAGCAAGGCUGUGGACGGUAACAGCAACCCUGCCUGACUAGGCGUGGAGCUGCCGCUGGUCAGCACGGAGUUCUCCAAGCCAGGCAACUCUAACACUGAACUCACCCAGAUAACAGCUCUGUAGCGUUAUAGGUGUCCCCACACAUGCCUAACUGGGCACCAGAUAUUUAUGCUGACACAUUUUUUGGGACUAAGGGGCUUUUUACCAAAUGCCUUUGGUUUGUGUACUUGUCUUAUUUAUCUCUUUGUUUGUUUGGUUAUUUGUUUAAUUAUUUACCUGUUUCCUUAUGAUUGCUCUCAGACAAAAAGAGAAAAAAAUUAAUUACGUUCCAUUGCCUUAAAUUCUAUAUAAUUGCUUAUAUUUGACUUUUGACAGGUGUUAUUGUCCCUUUUAGUGCAUAAAUAGAUUUCUUUUUGCUAUCUAAAGAUAAAAAUGAACUGAGUGUCUAAGCUUUUAGAUUGGCAAAAUAGUAGAGAAUUGUCUAUGCUCCUGUAAUUUUGUUAAACAGUAAAGAUAUGUUGUAUUAUAUUGUUUUAUAUUAUGCUUCAGGCAGAAAUAUUUAAAAUUCAAAAUAAGAAUAGUGUCGUAUCAUACAGAUGCAUAUAUAUUAUGCACAUAGUUUGGUAAUUUAUAUAAAUUAUUACUGUGUAUUUAAACUGUAUUCCAUCUGUAACUCAGACCUGUAUUUUCUGAAUUACGUUUAAUGCCUGAGGUACUGCUUAUCACUAUUACAGUUUACAUUUUAAAACUAUUUAAUUGUUUCUGUAUGUAUGUGAAAAUAUUUUAUAUAUAUGCACACACUAUUCAUCCAUCCAUUGUCUAUCUUUGGCGGACUUGUGGAAUAUACAUACAUUAGUCAACUAUAUAUUUCAGUUAUGUAUACAUAUGUGAACAGGUAUAUCAUUAUGUAUAUAAUGAAACAUGAAUAAUGGCUUAUGGUGUAACAUAAUUUGUUGUCUUAUGUAUUGUGUAUAGAUGCAUUUAUUUUGUUUCAUUGUUUGAUUAUUUUAUUGGUUGACUGUUUUGAGAAUUUGCUUACAUAUCUGUCUGUAUUUUACCUAUUCCUCAAAUAAUGGUACAUCCUUUAUAUGUAGCUUCCUUUGUUGAUUUUUGUCCUUUUUAUGUAACGAUAUUUAAUUUUGGAUGUCCUUCAUUGCUUUAAAUGCUGAUAACUUUAUUGACAUGCAGAAUGCAAAAAAAAAAACAUUGAGAAAUAAUUUUAAAUACAAAAUAGAAAUAACUACAUCCAUCUUACAUACUAUUUAGCAAUUCAUACAUGUAAUACAUCAAGGCUUUUAUCUUGAAAUGUCAUGCUGUUUAGAAUUACUCAAGCAAACUUCAUCAAAUAUGCAGCUGGUUCCACCCCCUUCCAUAUCUACACAGGGCCCCUCUGUAGGGUUCUGUAUUUGAGUUAAUUGAUUGCCUUACUUUUCAUUUACCUUCUAUUACAUUAGUCUCACAGCAUUUUAUGGAACACAUUGAUACAUUCUCAAAUUAAAAACCUCAAACAUGACUCCUAUAAAAUUCACUGCUAUGUAAUAUGCUUACAUUCAGGGCCAGAUAUCCUGCUUUUUGUGAUCAGCUCUUUAGUAAUUCUCAUAUUUACACUAAUUUACAACACAUAAGUACAAAUGAGACCAAUGCACAGGAAUAUAAAAUCCAAAGAAUAACAAAGAGAAAACAGUAUGGAAGGAUGGACCAGCUGGGGAUAACUGGAAUAGUAGCAGUUUACAAGAAUCGGACUAUUAGCGACUGUUUAAUGGACCAGUAAUAAAUCUUUAAGGGCUGAGUGCAAUUAC